GCGGCGCGGCCUGGCGGGGCCUGGCGCGGUGUAUCGUGCUGUGUCGCGCUGUGUCGCGGUUUGUGGCUUUUUGUCGCCGUUUGUCGCGAUGGUGAAGCUCACGGCGGAGCUGAUCGAGCAGGCGGCACAGUACACCAACGCCGUCCGCGACCGGGAGCUCGAUCUGCGCGGUUAUAAAAUCCCUGUUAUUGAGAACUUGGGUGCCACUCUAGACCAGUUUGAUGCCAUUGAUUUUUCUGACAAUGAGAUCCGCAAACUGGACGGAUUCCCCCUGCUUCGGAGGCUGAAAACGCUCCUCAUGAAUAACAACAGGAUUUGUCGGAUAGGUGAGAACCUGGAGCAGGCUCUGCCCAGCCUCACAGAGCUCAUUCUUACCAACAACAACAUUGCUGAACUGGGUGAACUGGACCCGUUAUCAACUAUUAAAUCACUGACUUACCUGAGCGUUCUAAGGAAUCCUGUAACAAAUAAGAAACAUUACAGAUUAUAUCUAAUUCAUAAAGUUCCCCAGGUCAGAGUGCUGGAUUUUCAAAAAGUGAAGCUCAAAGAGCGACAGGAGGCAGAGAAAAUGUUCAAGGGCAAACGGGGUGCACAGCUUGCAAAGGAUAUUGCCAGGAGAGCAAAAACCUUCAAUCCAGGGGCUGGUCUGCCAACUGACAAAAAGAAAACUGGGCCCUCCCCAGGGGACGUGGAGGCAAUUAAGACUGCCAUCGCAAACGCCUCGACCCUGGCCGAGGUGGAGCGGCUGAAGGGAUUGCUGCAGGCGGGACAGAUCCCCGGCAGGGAGCGCAAAUCAGGCCCUUCGGAGGAUGGCGAAGAAGAAAUGGAAGAGGACACGGUGCCAAACGGAUCGUAGCCCUCCCCCGGAGCCCUUUCGUGUCCCGGGCCGUGCCGGUGUUCCCGUCCUCGCGCAUUUCGUUGUUCAAUAAACGAACGAUUCCUUUUUC